CAUACCCAAUUUCGUUUUCCAAACUCCAUCUCUAACAGAAUCUCGCUCACUCGCUGUCUGAAUUCGAAGCUUCAAUCGUGCGAAAAUGGCAGGAAUCCGCCGCUGAAUCGGCGGUGGGUUUGCACUGAAACAAAAAACGAUAUAUUUCAAAAGUAUAGAAAACUGGAGACAUUUCUUGCAAUAGUACUGUAUCUUUUAAUUUCUGUGGAUGAGAACCUCUGUUAGCUCCAGAUUUUGCCUGAAUACAGAAUUCACAUUGCAGGGUGAAAGCCGAACCUGUGAGUUACUCUGGGAAAAAGUAAAUAAAGAUUGUGUUAUAUUGAUUUCUAUUAGAGUUUUGGAUUAUCAUUAAGAAAAUGGAUGGAGAUAACAGUUUGAAUAUACAUAAUUGGGGUUACUAUGAGCCACCUCCUUUUAAAAGCCAUCUGGGACUUCAGCUUAUGUCUUCCAUACCUGAAAAGCCUCUUCUUAGCACCCGCAAUGCUGCAGUCAUGGCUGGUUCAAAUGGAACUUUCUACCAUAGGGAUAUGGGGACUUCACAAGUGCACUAUCCCUUGGAUUAUAUGAAGGAUACUUGGAUGAACCAUAGAGACAAGUUUGUAAAUGUUAUUUCUGGAAACCCCAAUUAUGCUGUUUUAGGAGACACAUCUUCAGCUCACAAUAUGCAGAUGGUUCAGCCUCUAGAGUUGGUGAAGGAUGAAAGAGUGACUCAACUGGAAGCGGCUGAGGUUGAAAAAGACAAUGCCCCUAAUAAGAAAAGGCAGGGCCCAAAAGCCCCAAAAUCCCCCAAAGCCAAAAAGGGUAAGAGAGGACCUCGUGCACCAAAAGAUGAGAGUAACCCCUCCAUGCAAACAGUAAAACCUGCUAAAAAGACUGCAGAAAUUGUUAUAAAUGGGCAGGAUAUCGACAUUUCAUGUAUUCCUAUACCUGUUUGCUCUUGUACUGGGGCAUUUCAACAGUGUUACCGUUGGGGAUGUGGUGGGUGGCAGUCUGCGUGUUGUACAACAAACAUGUCAAUUUAUCCAUUGCCUAUGAGUACAAAGCGUCGUGGGGCCAGGAUAGCAGGCAGAAAAAUGAGUGUGGGAGCUUUUAAGAAGGUUUUAGAGAAACUUGCAUCCGAAGGUUAUGACUUUUCUAAUCCAAUUGAUUUGAGGACUCACUGGGCUAAGCAUGGUACAAAUAAGUUUGUCACUAUCAGGUAGGUGUAACAUCAAUUCCUCAAAUGUAGUUUCAUUUGCAUUCAGCAGGUUUUUUAUGCUAUUUGUAUCUGGCCUUUUAUAGAGGCUUCGGAGGUAGCUUGUAGUUGAAUUUCUGAGUCUAAUUUACUGGUUUUAAUAUUUAGGCUCUCUAUGUCAUCCUUUAUAUCUUUGGAUUAACUGAUUAAGAUGUAUCAUCCUUGUUGAUCUCCAAAAAUGUUAUGUAGCUGAUGAGAAUUAUUUAAUAGAUUAGUUGCUUUGCA